AAUACCGUUUAGUAGCUUCUUUACAUACAUGACCCAGAACACAGUAAUUGAGCGUCGGCUUGGUGUCUCUGAGAAUUUCUUCCGGUCAAGAACCGCUAGUGGCUUCUAUAGGAACUUCCAAGUGACUGCAACUUAUUCUAAAAAUUUGACCGAAUUGAAGUUGCUUUAUAUGGCAUUGAGGAAAACAAUACUUGAAUAUCAUAUUCUCAUCUGUAAUAUUUUCAAAGAUCAAGAUGCCGGUUACUCGGUCUAUAGACCGAUUGCCAAUGCCAAGUUAGGUGAUUUGGUUGAGUUUAAAGGUGAAUCUUUCGGGUUUGAAAAAGGUUUAUUAACAGAGAAUUUCAUGAAAUAUGCUAAUGAUGAAUACGUUUUCCCACUAUACGUGGAAAAACCCUUGUUCAAAUUGAUAGUCUUGGGAGAUUAUAGCGUAUGUGCGCUCUUUGAACAUACAAUUGCUGAUGGUGUUGCUGGAAACUACUUCCAUGAAGUCUUUUUGAAGAAUUUAGCUCAUAUUGAUGAUCUUCAAGAUUCUGACUCAUUCGAAGAACAAUUUGGUGUUUUACCUCUGGUUAUCGGGGUGGACUCGAUAAUAUUCGAUUAUUCAAAGGAUAAAGAGUUCAUCAAGAAUUCAUUACCCCCUCCAAUCGAUGAUUUCAUGGAGGAUAUUGAGCUUGACUAUUCUUUCGGCAAAGAAGACUUCUUUGAAAAGGUGAUUCCCAAAGAGUUCCCCGAUAGAUGGCCAGGAAUAUCUCCUAGUACCUCCGAUUUCUCAAUAAGCUUUAAAUUGAUCAAUAUCAGUCCAGAUCAAUUGAAACUUUUAUUGGCCAGAUGUAAGAAGGAAUCGGUUACUUUGUCUGCUUACAUUGCCGUGAUAUUCUAUAUGACUUUACAGUCAGUGGUUGGUGAUAACCACCACACUGUGAAUAAGACCGCUAUCAACUUGAGAAGAUUUAUGGAUCCCAAAUUCACCUCGCCUGAAUACCAAUCCAUUUUAACUGACCCCGAAUAUAAAAUAUUAGGAACUUUCGCUCAUGUUGGAGUUGGCCAAAAUUUACCUCCAAUCAAUGAUUUUUCCUGGGAAUUGACCAAAUCGUUCAAUACAAACUUGAAAAGCUUGCUUUCCAAUAGAAGACUUCUCAACAACCAAAAGGCUUUUAAAGAGGUAUAUAGUGAAUUAGAUGAUAAUACUGAUUUCUUCACGAAAACUUUGGGUAAACCCAAAGUUGAUCAUACUAAAUUUUCAAACUUGGGUCUAAUUCGUUUCCCCAAACUUGCUAAUAAUUGGACAAUCACCAAUAUGGUCUUUGCUCAGGACCUUUCCCCAUCUGCUGCAGAAUUCAUGUUGAGCUCUAUUUCAACUGCUCUUGGGGGAAUGAACUUUGUUUUAAGUUAUUUCGAUCUUGGGCCACAGUCCAAACCCCUUGAUUCUUUGAUCACUGAAUUGAAGCAUAACAUACUUCGUUUUGCUCUCGACUAGACUAUAUAAUGCUUUUACUUAAUAUUUAAUAAC